UUAUUUUUUUAUUUUUUGCAGCUGCAGGUAACAUUAUUUAUUAAAAAUUCGAUUUGAUACACGCAAAAUCUUAACAGGAUAAAUUAGCUUGCUUCAAAGUCAAGAUGUGAUUUGUAAUUAAGUACCUAAACUGUGUGCACUUGCCCGAAGCUUUGCACCACGGAAAACACGCUGUGCAUCCGAUUUAAAGAUUUUCACACCUCCCGGACAGUGGGCCCGUCCUCCGCCGACACAAACGCGAUAAUAAGUACCAAUUAAUUUCACUGAAGAAUAAGGAAGUUAUUGGACGAUCUCAGGGUACAUUUCUUCCUUUCUCACCCCAUUACCUCUUGUAGCUUCUUGAUUUUUCGGUGAUCGCUCUGGGUGAAAAGCUUAAAAGUCAUUGAAAGAGUAAGAGGCUUGAAGUGGGGACAUGGAUUAAAUGAUCCUAUUUGUAAGUUGAGCAGAUGGCAGCAGCAAAAUUUAAACACCACGCUAUUCAAAUUAACAAAGUUGUCCUGCCUCCCAUAACAAAGCGCUAUUUUAUAUAAACUUCCAAUGUAAUGGAAAUUAUUGACGGCAAAUCUGGCUUAGAUGAAAGCCGUCACAUCGCCCAUUGUGCGGGACAUAUGCUGAGUCUGAUCUGCGCUCGUCUCUGGUUUCCAUAUUCGUUCAUCAUCUCGAUUUUAACACUCGUUACAAUUGCCAAAGAAGAAGCAAUUCAUUAGAAAUACAUGAGGUGUCAUGCUUAUGUUGAAUAAGACAAACGAUGAAAAUAUUGGAUAAUAACUCCUUGUGAUCUGUUGGUCAUUUUGUUUGCGCAUGUGCGAGUUAUAAUUAAAACUUUCGCAAAGAUGUUCCGUGUUGCUAAGUGACAGUUGCAUGAUGGAAGAAUACACCGCAGUCUGGCACAACAUGAUUUAACAUUUGCUUCAGAUCAUGGCGAUAUUGACGAGUUCUGAUAUAGAUUAUGGCGUCAUUUUUGGUCCCGUUAAUGUCGAGUCGCCAGCUAUGAAUCCAACUCGCUUGAUCGGACUAAUGACGGAAGAUACCAGAUGUGAAAAGGAUGACCGUUGUUUAUCAGUGGACCUUGUAGAAAUGUCGAAAAGAACACGUGCUCUGGAGUGGCUCAUUUGUAUCCCGUCAGCGCGAAACGAGGAGGAACAGAAUAUGGAAGCAUACACUAAAGGUGGGAAAGUGUAUUACAGAACGCUGAGAAUCAUAAAAGCCGGAGAGCCGCUGUUUGUCUGGUACAGUAAGGACUUCUGUCACGUGUUACACAUAAAAGACAUAAAAAGACAAGCUAAUCAAGAAAGUGAACAGUUGGUUUGUAACAAGUGCGGCGAAGUUUUUCAACACGAGUUUCCAUUGAUGGCUCACAUACGCUUCAAAUGUGAAGAGUCAGCACAUUCAGAUUUAGAGAACAAUAUUAGAAAAGAGUUGGAAUCAUUAAAGUCAAAGUUGAAAGAAAUCGCAAAAGGUUUAAAAUUAGAUAUAAACGUGAUGUCCUCGGAAAACAUCAACGCAAUAUUGAAAAGAGAUUUUAAUAAUGUUCAGAAUACACAGAGUGAACCAUCUAUCAAACUUCGCAGACUUUCCAGUGAUACUGUAAUGAACACAUACUCAGAUGCCAGUGCGUUUCGAAAAUUUGAAACUGAAAACAGAAGCUUUUGUACAUCUCCAUCAACUCUAUCGAGCUUCUCUGGUAAACGUUUCAAAGUGAGUGAAACUUCUUCGGCAGUUAAUCUAUGUUUAUACGGCUUUAAUUUCCCCGGCGUCCAGACGACACCCAUAACAUCUGUAAUGUCCAAUGUUUGCCAAAAUAGCUCUGGUCAGCUUCCACACAUGCCAUUAUCACAACAAGUUUCCCAGAACAGAGCAGUUAAUGCAAGUAUGAGCUUGGCGUCCGACCCAUGGAAACAGUAUUUUAUAUCUGAGCGACUUAAUGCUGGCAUCCCAUACAUGAAGAGCGCGAAUCCAAUGGUAGACAAGAUCUUGCAGAACACGUCACCCGUCGUUGUCAACUCGCCCGUCAAUGCUACAGCAUUGUCUCAGAACUGGUGUGCCAAAUGUAACGCUUCCUUUCGCAUGACAAGUGAUCUCGUGUACCACAUGAGAUCUCACCACAAACGAGAAUUUGACCCUGUGAAAAAGAAACGCGAUGACAAACUGAAAUGUAAUAUCUGUCAGGAGACAUUUCGUGAGAGGCACCAUCUCACUCGCCACAUGACAUCGCACAUUUAGAUGCAGAAUAUUCCUAUUUAUAUUAGUAUUACUCUUUGAAUACUGUGCAGUUUCUAGAUAAUUAUCAUGUGACGGCUUAUUGUACACAGUGCUGUUUUCAUAAAAUAAAAUAUUACU